AUGGGCUUACUAAAGCACUUCCGCUCCAAGUCGCGAUUGAAGGAGAACAGCCCGCAACCCACCAGAAGCCAGCCGUUUCAAUCCACGUCGCGGUACGGACGCGCAGGACCUGACCACACACAGCGACUGCCCGAGAAAGUCCUCGAGAACAUCUUCUCCUACGUCUGUCCGCACACGCAAGACGUCUCCUACGAAACAUGCGAGGACUCGCAGAUCGGCGAUGGGUGCAUGCUCUGCGACCUGCGUGAUCUCGCCAAGUCGGCGCAGACGUGCAGGAAGUGGUACGCGACCGCCCAAUCGAUGCUGUACGGAAGCGUGCGCAUAGAUGCGGUGCACUACUGCGAGUUGGAAGAGAUACUGGGCGAGCAGCGGAGGAAGAAGAACAAACAUUUCAGGAACAAGAGCAAUGUGGAGCCUGUGGAGGUGCCGAACAUCAGAUUGUCAUUGCUGUGCAGGACAGUGAGGGAGCAGCCGAACCUGGCAGCGCAGACGCUCUUUCUGAAGCUGCCUUUCAUGACACGAGAGACGGCCAAAGCCGAGUUGGCGCGUACAGUGGCCGCACUCCCCAAUUUGAGAUACGUGGACCUUCCGGAUGGAUUUUAUACUGGAGAUCCGAGCUGCAUGGCUUUGAGACAGGAACUACAGGUCCAGUGCCCGGAUAUUCGGAAGAUGAUUUACAGGAGCGGAUCCGAGGACGCGCUAGAAUUGCUAGCACAGAGACACUGGCAGGCCAUUGAGAUGUUGGACCUAUCUGGCCUCUCGGUGGAGCCGGCGACGCUGAGGAUAGUGCUUGGCAGUUUACCGACUCUUCACGAAUUGACGCUCUCAGAUAUGCCAUGGAUGGACGAUACGAUAUUCCAGCCAGCACCUGGUCAACUUCCUGACUUUCCGCCAUUACAGAUGCUCAAGUUGAAGAAUCUACCUGGAGUAACAGCCCAGGGACUGAACACCUGGCUGCACGCACCCCACGUUCGCGAAGUGCUGUACUCGCUGAGCUUGGAAGCGACUGGUGUGACUGUCCAGGACUUAUCGACAGUACUUUGGAAUGCUAGCUCCAUUCAGCACCUGUCGAUUGUUGAAACUGUCACCAGAUCCCUUUCUUUAGCAGCACAGCAAGUGGCUCCGCUUGCUUCGAUCUCGUUGAAGACUCUACACUUUGAGGUCACGAGUAGCGAGGAAGUCCAGGGUCUGCAGAAGCCUGCAGAGUCAUACUACUCGUAUUUGGCUUCAUCACUCCACCAGAAUGCAUUACCUGCCUUGACCACACUAUUCGUCCGUGAACCGAGUUUCCCGGAGCUGCUUAUCCUCCCACCCUUCUCGGCGCCCUUCGCAGCCAAUGGCUCAGAGCGUGGUUCGUUGAGGAGCAAGCCCAGCAACCUCAGCACCCUCUCGUCAGGACCACGGGCACCACCGGGCGGCGGCUUCAAUCAGACUCUGGAGGUGUUCGCGAAGGGUAUUGAUGAAUUGGAAUGGGUCUUCACGGCGAUUUCGCCAAAUCUGGGUGGCAGAGACAACCGUAGCAGCAUCGUGUCAGGAGGUCGACCACUCAGCGCGUACAGCGCCUCACGUGGACUUGGACCGCAGUGGGCACAAGGUGGCUUUGGUGGUGAAGCGCGCAAAUCUGUCAUCGUGGGCAACGGCUUUGGUGGCUUCCUUGCUGUUCCGCAGGAGGAAGUGCCGCGACCAAUGACCUCGGAUGGUGGCGCAAGUAACGCUCGCUGGAGCAGCUUUGGAAGUGCACACACGAGCAACAGCAACAGCACCGACCACAGCACCUUCCUGCGGCCGCCGCCCAGCAUUGGAGGAGAUUCAACGCACAACCGAAGAGGUAGCAGACACGACCUGUGGCGAUAG